AUUAGUAAUAAUAAUUUAGUAUCAAAAUGCUUAGAUUGACUUUAUUUUUUCUAAUAUGUUUUACGUGUGGUAUUCAAGGUUACAUACUUCCCGUUGGUGAAUUUGACCUUUUCAAAACCGAUCCGCGAAUCGUGGGCGGUGAGGAUGCUCCAGAAAGUGGUAUACCUUAUCAGGCAUCUUUAAGAAGUAACUAUAAUUCACAUUUUUGCGGUGGCUCGAUCAUAAGCCAACGAUGGAUACUCACAGCCGCUCAUUGUACUAUCGGUAAAACCAAUCGUACAAUGAUAGUAGUAGUUGGUACAAACAGUCUACUCGCUGGCGGUGAUCGUUAUACCGUUGACAAGAUAAUUAUUCAUGAGCAGUAUAAUGGUAAUCUGAUAUACAACGACGUUAGUGUUGUUAAAGUAUUAAAUGACAUCGAAUUCGGAGACCGUGUGCAACCAAUACACCUUGCUGAUAAGGAUACGAGUGCUGGCUCUGAAUUACUGCUCAGUGGAUGGGGAAGAUUAUCCUAUCCAGGUGUGUUACCAGUUCAGCUGCAAAUGAUCAAUCUGGUAUCACUGAGCGUGGAGGAAUGUCAAAGAAUAUAUAAUAAUAUAAAUCCGGUGUACGACACACAGAUUUGUUCUUUAACAAAGAAAGGAGAAGGAGCCUGCCACGGUGAUUCCGGUGGUCCACUGGUAUCAGAAGGUGAAGUGGUGGGCAUCGUGUCCUGGGGUAUGCCGUGCGCCAGGGGAUACCCUGACGUCUAUACACGAGUCUACUCCUUUAAGGAUUGGAUCGCAGCGAAGAUAUCCGAAGACUCAUCCGACCAAAGCUCAUCAGACCAGGAACAGCUUAUAAUUGUUGAUAAUUAAAAAUAAUAUAAGCAUAAAGUGUAUUAACAAGGUAUUUUGACAAUUAUUUUCAAAGC